AUGUCAAUCGGUGUUGCUAUCAUUGGUUCCGGCAUUUUUGCUCAGACUGAGCAUCUGCCAGCUAUUCAAGCUACCCCUCAUUUGUCCCUCAAAGCUAUUUACUCCCGUUCUGUCAAAUCCGCACAAUCACUGAACGUCGAUGUUCCUCUGUAUUCAGAUGAUUCGGGUGUUGGAAAUACAUACUACGAUCUCCUUCUUCGUACCGAUGUUCACGCCGUCAUAAUCGCCCUCCCAAUUCUCGCUCAACCCGAAUAUAUUGAAGCAGCUCUCGCAGCGGGCAAGCAUGUAUUGUCAGAGAAGCCAAUUGCAGGAGACCUGGAGAAGGCACAACGCUUGCUAGAAUAUUACAAUAGUGAUAAAGUAAAGGGUGGAGCUACAUGGGGCGUAGCUGAGAAUUUCCGAUUCUUGGAUUCGUUCAUCCAUGCAAGGAAAGAAAUAGAGAAGUUGGGGAGAGUAUUGGGCUUUCGUAUGCAAUUUUGUGGCAAUGUCAAGCCAGGAAUGAAAUACUUUGAGACUGAGUGGCGCAAGAAGCCAGAUUAUCAAGGCGGCUUUCUACUUGAUGGGGGUGUUCAUUUCACGGCGGCCGGCAGGUUGCUUUUGGGUGAGGACGCAAAGCCAACAACUGUCGUGGCAUUUAGCACACUUCUUCAAGAACAUUUACCACCUGUUGAUACGAUCAAUUCAAUAUGGCUCACGAAGUCGGGAAUAUCAGGCACAUUCAGCGUCUCCUUCGGCACCACUCUUUCUGGUCCUGAAUAUACAGUCGCUUGUGAGCAUGGUAGCGUUUCUGUUAUCAGAAGUAAAGUCAUUGUGCGUAAGGGCGAAGAAAGCGAAAAGAACUUUACAGAGGUUGAGUUUACACAAGAGGGUAGUGGCGUGAAGCAGGAAGUUGCUGCUUGGGCUCAGAGUAUCGUGGACGGGAAGCCCAAUUCUAGGCAAUCUCCUCAAGAAGCCCUUGCUGACUUGGAAAUUUUGGAAAAGCUAUUGCGAAGUGGGGAGGAACAAGGAAAGAGCCAGAGCUUGCAAUUCCAAAUCUAG